CCGCAGUGCUUGACACGCGCCGGAAAGUCCGAUUUCCACCCUUAUGUCGAGUGGAGCUCGUUAGCACCGCCUCCAAACGCGGAAACGAAUGAAAUUUUCCGUCCCUUUCUCCCGAGACAAGUGCAGCAUCCUUUUUCACCCAACAUGAACAUCCAACAAACUGUAGUUGAUACAAUCGUAAUCGAAGCUUAUUUAUUCAAGGGCAGUUAAAAAUUGUGUGUUUCCGCGAGACUUUAUCUAUAACUAUGUGUUUUAUUACCGGAUGACUCAUUAACGGGCCGUAAAAUUUUCAAUCAAGUGCUGUGUGUGUAUAAAUCGUCUGAUGCGAUGGAAUUUUCAUUUAUCAACAAGGCGAACUUCGACAAGGAUUGUUUAUACAACGCGAACUCCGAGUUUUAUAAUAAUAGUGCCAAUGGGGGACUGUCUGUGGCCAAUCACAUGAAUCACUAUAAUCUAAUGAUUGACUCCAGCUAUAAGCUAUGUGCGAACGAGACUGCCAUCAGGAGUUCUUUAAACCAGGAAUCGAGCUUACUAUUUUCCAAAAUCACCACAGUUUCGGAAUUUUAUCCCGGAACUCAUAACAUUGCCUCUUAUAACUCGGAUUUCCAUUUGAAGUCCUAUGGAGACGACGGAUUGAGUCUUACCGAUAAAUCAAAACAGAGACGGAUUCGUACCACUUUUACUUCAAACCAACUGAAUGAGCUAGAAAAAAUCUUUUUAGAGACCCAUUAUCCAGAUAUCUAUACUAGAGAAGAGAUUGCAUCAAAACUACAUUUGACCGAAGCCCGAGUACAGGUUUGGUUCCAAAACAGACGAGCAAAAUUUCGUAAGCAGGAGAGACAUGCCAUUUACAUAAUGAAAGACAAGUCUAUUAAAAUGGAUAGCCGAAAGAAUCCUGUAGCCGGCUCCAAAUACUUAGGUCCAUCUCUCAAGGGGCCUCAAAAUGCCCGUCAAAUGAAAUGCUUAUACGAUCAAAUAUAAAAUCCACUAAUAUCUAUGUAAAUAUUAGUAUACAUUUUGAUGAAAACAAUUAUUUUGAUAUUAUUUUUACUAACUAUUUUGGAGCAAAUUUGCGUUAAAUAAAUAAGAUCUGUGUAACACUAUUUCUCUUUUUCUGGUAAUCGAAAAUGAUAUCAUAUGGCUCAACUGGCUUUUGAGGGCUCAGCUGGACUAAUCCCGUGAAAAGGAAAACAAUAAUCUUAAUGGGGGUUGAAAGAACACUGUUUACAGUACCGCAUAACACGCCCUUCAAGUGCGAAUUGUUAUCCUAUUAUCGGGCGGAAAGUGGGUUGAGUGGGUAUUAAGGCGUAUAAUAAGUCGAUUGUCGGUAUUCUUCCCCUUGUUGAGUUACAAAGUGAGUUAUAGAAUUGCAACAGGUAAGAUUGCGGGUAAAAUACUCUUGAAAUUUAAUUAAUCAGACGAAUUUGUCUAUCUUAUGUGAAAUACCAAAUCCGAAGCUCAAAAAAGUAUUUCCAAUUCUUAUAGGGUAUUUAAUAUUCGUUGGAAAGUAUGUAACAGGUAUAAGCAAGGUUUCCGACCCUAUAAGGUAUGACUAGCAGAGUUUGUAAAGCCACGUCCGUCCGUCUGUCCGUCCGUAUGAACGCUGCGACCACGAAAUCCAAAAAAGCUAGAAAGUUAGGACUAAGCAGCGAAAGUUUAAUUAAGAAAAUUGAUACGCCAACGCUAAAAUCUGUAUGACGCCCACAUGACCAAAUAUGAUUCUCGCCGCUAGAUGGCGCCUUGCAGUCUCGCUUGCAUAUCUCCAUAGCCUUUGCGCUCCCUUUAGCGGAGUAACGGGUACGUGAUAGUCUAGGCACUCGACUAUAGCCUUCUUCCUUGUUUAUUUUGUAUACUCUGGGGUGACUCAGAUACCUCUCGAGCGGAAUUUUUUGAACAUCAAUAGAAAUUUGCCAUGAAUUCCUCCCGAAGAGAUGUCAUAUUAACCCCUUAAUAUAAAAUGAUAACCCCGAUCAAUUCCAUCGAGACAUACAAAAAGCAAAACAUCUUACCUGAAAAACUCCACUAUGCAAUUCAAAAGUCUGCAAGAAUGCAAGAAUUUUUGCACCAUGAUUAGUAAUCAUGUGCCUUGAGCAGAACUAUUGUAAGAAU